AAGUACAACGAUUUAUUAUGAUAUAUGUGCUUAUAAUGCAUUCACAUUAUACAAUAAAUUUGCUGAAUUGUGUUAUCUUGUAUUUCAGAGUUUAUCACCAAAAGCAGACCCAUUGUUUCACACAGAAAUCCUCAUUACAAUCCAGUUAUUCUGCAAACACCAUUGUCUAGUACAGUAUGUGCCUUGGGCCUAUAAACUUAGCAUGCUGUCUCUGUAAAACAGAUUAUUACUUUUGGGUACUGACUUACAAUACAAAACUCUAAAGAGUAGAAUAAACAGUAUAUAAUUCAGUGUUUUACCCAACAAUUAAUUACACCGCAGCUCAUAGUACUAUGCAAACAUGUUAGCAUGGCAAUUGAAGGAUAAAUAGAAUGUCUAUCUGUAUGUGUUGCAGCACUGCAUGUAAUUGUAAACUACAUAUAGUCAAUGGGGGAAAAUAUCAAUUAACUCAUGAAUUCUUGCAGUGACGGGCUGUGAUUUGAGAUCAGCAUUGAGACGCUCAGGUUCCGUAUUUUUUUUCUUUUUGUCACAAUGCAGCAUUUACACAAUGAACCAGCUUCUCUUUAUACAACUAGCCUCUUGCACCAUUAACCCCUUCCCUGCUUUGACGAUAUGCAGGUUAAAGAUAGCAUUUCUGGGGGAGGGAAUCAGCUCUGUGUGGGCUUCAUGACAUCAACUGCUAAGUGAUUGUUUUUUUUUUCUCUUAGUCUAAAGCGGACUGGCGUGCAGCAGAGCUGGCUGGUGUAAAGUCUGACAGGCUUUCUUGUCUAUUCCUCUGCACAUUGCCUGUAUUCCCCCCUCUCUCGCAUCAAUAUUUAAUUCUCUUCUAAGAGCAAUGAGAUAAUGCAAUGUGCAGAGGCAGGGAAGGUGCAGUGAGAGAGAUCCGUGCUGCUGCAUGAUACUACAACUGCUGUUGCUGCUGGCUGGACUCGGCAACCCAGGAUCCUCGGGUUGAGGCUUGGUGCAUGCAGCUCUACAAGCACUCUCCCUAAAGCAUGUCCUCCCCAGACCCCACCACCUCCUUCCUGGAAAGGGCAGCUGGGGAGGAGGACACGGGAGGAUGAGGAGAGAGAGCCGGCCGGAGCACAGGAGGAGGAGGAAGAGGAGAAGGAGAGGAGGGGGUGCUGGAGGAAGAGAGGCUGGCGCGGAGGAUGAAGUGGGGUGUCCGGGGAGCCUGCGCUGCGCUGUCCAGCUGCUUCUUGCUUGCCUGUGCCCUGAGUGCUGCCGCUGUGGGCCUCAAGUGCUUCUCUUUGGGAUCUGAGCUUAAGGGUGAGCCAUUCCGUCUAGGUACAGCCGCUGGCGCCUUUUACUCUGGGUUACUGCUCUCAGCCGGCCUUUCUCUGUUGGGUUCUGCCUUGCUUUGCUGCCGAGAGGAUGCAUCAGGAGAGAGUAAACCCGGCAGCCAGAACUUCCUCCUCCUAGGCGUGCUGGUUUUCAUGUUGGGACUGUUGAGCGCCUUUGCUGGGGCAGUGAUAGAUGGGGAUACUGUGUCACUUGUGGAGAGGAAGUACUCUCACUUUUGUCUGCAACAGCCAACACCUGGAGCAAGCAGCAGUACCACCAAGUGCCAGAAGCUAAAGGAUUACCAGCGGGGUUUGGUCAUUUCCACCAUAUUCAACUCCCUUGAGUGUCUGCUGGGGCUCAUCAACUUGUUGCUAGUAAAAAACUACAAAUCUUCCCAGCAGCGCCGCAGGAGGCGAAGGAGAUGUGCAGGAAGACGCUUCCAGAGGCAGAACAGGGGUUCCAUUUUUUCUAAUGAAGAGCAUGAUUUUUCCCCUGGGGAUUUCCCUUUCCAGACUGUAUCCUACAUCAAUGUUGGGGUGUUCCACUUAUUUGAUGAAGCAGGGGUGGAGGUACAUUGUGGUGGCCACCCCUCUCUGGAGCUGCCUGGUUACUCCCCAAUGGACCCUGAUUUAAAUCCAUCUUACCCUUACUGUUACCCCCUACCCAAUGAACAACCCCCUCCAUAUGAUGAAAUUUACCCUGCUACUGAAAUGUGCAGCAGCAGCACAACCACCACAUAGCAUCCCCUAGACUUCUGUACAAAGACAUUUCUGCUCCAUGAUCUGCACUGACAAUCAUUGAUGCCUGCAAAUGGGACAGGGACAUGACACAAGGACUACCACACUGUAUCUAUAUGGUUGUGUUCAGAUAUGCUCAUAACCAAUGUAUGGUAAGGGGUGAGAGCUACAACAUGUUGACUGCUGUUUGUAUGUGUGUGUGUGAGAGAGAGAAUAUGUGUGUGGUUGUAUGUACUUGGUGGCCCCAAGAGAUGCACUGUCUUCACUGACUCCUAUUGAAAUUAUUUAUUUUACAUGUGUGGAGUCUGUGGCAAAGAGUAUAGCUCUAUCAGUAUUUCCUUCUCUUCACAUUUAUUUUGUCAUAGCAGUGUAAAUCUAAAUUUUGGUAUUCAUCACUAUUGCCAUGGUUACAGUGUCGAGCUAAAAAAAUUAUUAUGUCAGUAUAAAUAGGCUUUUUAUUUCAUGUCUGAUGAGAUUACUCAUCUUUAUCAAAUCUCAAGAUUUUAUCAGUAAAUGCUUCUGCUAAUGUCAAUCCUCCUACCAUUUUUUUCCCUAUUAAUGAAUCAUCAAAUCAUUUUUUACCUUUUUUUUAAUCUAAAGAACGCAAAGCAACUGCCUCAAACUAGGAUUGGAAUGCAAAGAAUGGACACAUUGCACAAAGCUUUUUGGCUCAAACUGGAGAAAUAUGGGUCUGGGUAAAGACCAGCUGCACUAAAGACCAGUAAGCCUGAGGCUCAAGGUGGCCAUCCAUGUGAGGGUGUAAGCAAUAUAGGUUCUGCAGAAUGUUCUGCAGAUACUGUUCUAUGUCCUCACAGCAGAGAAAGAGUUAAUCAAGGUCUGUGUCUUUGUUGGCUUGGCAGCUGAUCACAUGUUAUGUGGGUUGAACUAUUCAGAUGUGUUGUUGUGAAGUGCUUGUGCUUCCCAGAAUUAAUGCUGGAGUCCUUGCCUAAGAACACUUUGACACUCAUAGGAGUUGGAGGGCUUGGGCAUCACUGUUUUCAAGCACCAAUUACCAAUGGUACUUGUGCCACUUUUUCACUCAUUAGUGGUCUAGUCUCAUAUCUUCUACCAAAAACUCACCUGUAUGUGAUGCAGUAAGCAGCAAAUUUAUUUUUUCUUUCCACUAUCCAGCCGGUAGUAUUGUUUCACCUAUUUAUGAUGCUAGGAAACGGCAUUAUUGGCUAUUCCCUACAUUAUAAACCCAUCAGAACAUCCUCCUUUACUGAACCCUGCUGGGAAUUUCACUGUUGUCAUGCAAAAGUUGUCAGGAAAAUACAAGUAUCUAAGGUUAGGUUCAUGUUACGAUUUGUGCCUCUAAGGCACUGAUUUCAAAAUCGGUGCUCGGAUCGGCAUGAGCCCCAUUCGGUGCAAUGACCCAAGCAUAGUCUCCUAGUGACUACGCUUGAGUCAUCUAUCGACUGUAUCUGAAUCUUGUCUCAGACUAGGUGACUAUGCUCAGGUAAUUGAAGUGAACUAAGCCUGUGCCGAUCUGAGCAUAGAUACAUUGGCGGCUUAUUUUGCGAUCCUGGCGACAUAUUCAUGCUUCAAAGGCACAAAGCGUAAUGUGAACCUGGCCUAAUUCUGCCAAUGCAAUGCCCUGCACAGCCUGAUACAAUGAUUUUAUAUCUCCCAUAGACUAAAAUGGAGUGGACUGUAUGUAUGCAGGAAAAAGGAACCCUAGCACUCAGCCCCUGAAAGCCAAAUUACCCCUGUAACUAGGCUAUUGGUUUAUCUGAAUACUGCUUUGUCUGUAAAUCAUGGGGAAAUGGAAUGAUAGAUUAUGUUGCACCAUUCAGCAGUAAGCUUGAAUCCCUGUUCUAAAUAUUAGGGAUACAGUUAUGAAAACUGCUUAAAACUGUCUUUGUUGCCCAUGGCACCCAAAGUCAGCACAGCUUUCAUUUCAGAUCUACAGAUCUGAUGAAAUCAAAGUCGAGCUCUAUGAACAACAAAGACAGUUUUUCUUUUAGACAGUUUUGAUAGAUCUCUUGGAAGACUAGAACUCUGCUGCAUCUUUUUGCAAUGCUAUGUUCUAAUGGUAUCUGUCAGGCUAGAGCUGCAGUGCAUGGAACUGUGUGCCCUUCUGUGGACUGCCACUAGUUAAAAUGGCAAAGUCUGACUACAAAGACGCAGUGCAGCCUCAGGUUUAGGCUGGAUUUAUUCUUGUAUUUUUGCAGUGUGUUUUUUGUAAAACAUCAAAAAAAUGAACUUAAGGUUUAUUCAUUUAUUUAUUGAUAUUAAUUUCCUAACACUUACAUCCUAGCACCAAAGUAUUCCACUGCUGCGCAUCCGCCAGUGACCCGACCCAUUUUGUACCUCCAGCUGUUGCCACCCCCCUUCCCCCGCAUCGACCCGCCCCUGGCCUGUUCGCAAUGGCAAUCCGCCGCUACGAGCAGCCACACAGUGGACCUGGAAGUCGCCAGGUGCGCUGCAUGUACAGUGUACUCAGACACUGCGGCUGCGUCGCAAUUUCAGAAUGGACACGGCAACUGUCAGGCCCCAUGUGUGGCUGCUCGUAGCAGCGGAUUGUCACUGCGAGCAGGCCAGAGGCAGUGGGGGGGGGGGGGGGCAACACUGGAGGCACAAAAUGGGUCAGGUCACCGGCGGAUCUGCAACGUAAAAUACGCUGUGGAUCCGUUACAUGUGAUCCUACCCUAAAUAAAUCUUUAUACAGCGAUAUCCGCAUGGUGAGUGCUCAGUCUUUCUUUAUAUAUGCUAUCAUACUUUUUCUCUGUUUAUUCCAUUUAUGUUUUUUUGGCUUUUAAAUACAGAUUCGAAUACUGCCAUAUGAAAGAGCCCAUGUAAAAACUGAUACCAGCUUCUAUGCAUUUUGCUAUUAACUCAGAUCAGUCUAACAGUAAAAAAUGACUGCAAAUUAACCGCAAACUUGAAUGUAUAGUCUGCCAGUAAGGGCCCAUUCACAUGGCUGACUUUAUGAAUGGAAACCAGCGGAAGAAUUCCCUUAGGAUGUUUCGGUGCAGCAGCCUCCCAUUGUUUUUAUGUUCAUUUUUUCAGGGGAAUCCACUCAGACAUGUAUUGGCUUCAAUGGAGAUGGCGCAUGUCACAGUGGUUCUCGCACCUACACAUACGGAAUGGCUGCCUGGAACUUUUCCAGCGUCGUUUAAAUGGGCCCAUAGAUGACUUAUGCAGGGAAUAUGUCUUAUACAGAUAUAGCAGAGUUGAAUUUGUAAUUCACCUGUUUCUUUUGAACAUUAUUGAGAUAACCGGGUAGAUGUACCUGCCUGUUUCUGGAAGAACAAAGAUAACAAACUAUAAAUGGACAAGAAGUUGUAUAUAAUAACAAGCACAGCUCUGCUGCAAUAACAAACUCAGGUCCACUACUUCUGUAAUACACACACCUCCACCCCACCACCCUUACUAAUAGAUCUCUCCCAGUUUGGGUAUAGGGAGAGAUCUAUCAAACAAGGCCAGCCAAGCAGGCAGAAGCCACCUGGGACCACCCUGAUGACUCGUGGUUCAGUCAGUGUGAAUGUGAUGACAGAUUCCCUUUCAACAGCAGCCUAGUGGCAUGAGGCCAGAUACUUGUAUCGUGCCAAAGGCUAAUGCCUUGUAAGAUCUAUUCAGUUGAGUGGAUUCAUUCAUAAACACAUAUGGGGAGAUUUGUCAAAACCUGUGCAGAGGAAAAGAAGUUGCCUAUAGCAGCCAAUCAGAUUAUUUCCUUUAUUUUUUUUAAAAAGGCCUCUGAAAUAUAAAAAAAAAUCUGAUUGGUUGCUAUGGGCAACAGGUCAACUCAUCAAUUGCAUUUACCAGAAAGGUGCAUUAUAUGUUUUAAGGCUAGAACUUAGGAAUUCACCCUGAGAUUGCAGCGCUGACUAUAUUAGUCAGUACCAGGACCGGGCAGACAUUGCAGUCCCCAUAGACCACAAUGUAUUUUGUGCGGAUUCUGCCAUAAGAAUGACCGAGAUCAUUCUUUCAACAGUGAAAUUCCGUAGUGUGGACUGUGCAACAGAAUCCCAUUGACAGCAAUAGGAUUCUGCUGCACCAGAAUUUCACAGCAUCAUUUCUAAGUGGAAUUAUGCUUGGAAAGUCUGUAGUGUAAACCAAGCCAAAUAGUUUAUGUAGUGCUCACGCUUCUAAUGAUAUGUUCACAUGAUGGAAUUUCCGUGCGGAAUUCCAAUGCAGAAUACCGCAUGGAGAUUCUGCAGCAGCAGAGACGCAUUCAUUUAAAUUGAAUUCUGAUGCACUGUUUAGAUAGCAGCAUUUCUGCUGCUAUCUAAACAGUCUGGCGCGGAAGUUCAAAUUUCGGACUCUGCACGACAGUGCAUUGCCUUCUAUGAGAGGGCACAUUUCUGAGCGGUCCUAGGAGAUUUUCUGUGCAGACAUUAGCCCAUGUGAACAUAGUCUUGACGUAAAUCCUGUCAAAAUGUGGCUAUUCCCAGUGAAUAAGACUUCCAUAUAGUCGUGUUUUUCUUGUGGCUGUUAAGAUGCAUUUAUAGAAAUGAAUGUAAAGACACUCUGCCUGCUCCCUUUGCCACAGGUAAAUAGAAGCCACUGAUAGUGGCAAGGAGAGCCGUGCAUGUGAACUAGAUGUGUUUGAGGUCAAUUCUAUUAGUUGACAACCCCUAAUUCAUUCAUGCAAAUACAUUGAAUUAAAUGAAUGUAGAAACAAAAGUUAUCAAAAGAUGUGAACCUUCCAUAUGUGCUUGAUGCUCUGAGAACAAGCUCAGUUAUUGAAACUAGUGUCUUAGUCAGGUCAUGAAUACGCCAAAUAUAGUAACUACAAUCCUGAACAUCACCAGAUGAAAUAGAUGGUGAGAGUAAUGGAGUAAUGUGCCUAAAAAAGCUUGUUCACAGAGCUGUGGUAAAAAUCCCUUUACCGUGUCUAUUCCAAUAUGUAAAGUGCAUGGAGGCUUUGUAUCAUUGAUACAGGAUCAUCCUUUAAUUUCACUGUGUAUUAUAAGACAGAAAUAAAGUCAACACUUAAUAUCCAAAGCACAUAUACAAUUCUAGUGUGAGUGAACCAUAGUGGAUCACAUUGCAAUUUAAUCGGUAUUAAAUAUCUACAAUCCGUUGUCUCAAAGGCUUCUCCGCAAGACAAAAAUGAAUCAUGAUAAGAGCCUCCAUGGAGCUUCCCAAAAAAUGUAGAAAUGACUUUCAAAUAUUAGCAGACAUUUCACAUGCAAUGCCUGGCACCUAAUAUUUGUACGGUCCAGUUUGGUUGUUGUGGUUAUUCUAAUAGUUUUUGGAAUAACUCUAGCAAGAGAUCCAUGUUUACGUUAUAAAAUGCAAGUAUUGCACCUUAAAAUGUCUAUGAAUAGAAACGUUCUGUAUAUUUGUGCCUAACUUAUUAUAAGGGAAUGUCACUAAGCUAAAUAGAUAAAGACAAUGCAGAUUACAGAUUCCUAUAACAAAUAUCUAGUUGACAAAAAAAUAUACACCAGGAAACAGUUAGUAAGAAGUAUAGCUUGAAGAUUCUGGUCCCCACUGCAAAUUCAGCAAUAGGGUCCAUAACCAUCAUGUCAUGUGUAAUACUGUUGUCCUAUGUAGCACUGUGGCCAUGGGAUUCCCACAGGGCCCAGGUGUAACUCCAACCUCGGUUACCCCUUUACGUGUGACUUGAAUAUUUAUUUUGUAAUUAGAAAAUUGAGGUAUUUUUGAUGCCAACUGACUCUAGAGGAAAAAUAUUUUCAAAUGUAACACUUUGUAAUUGUAUUAAAAUGAUGGUUUUAUGCAGUCAUAAAGUCAUCAUUCAUGUAUAUUGUUUAUGCUGAAUGUAUAAGUCAUACUACUGCAUGACACACAUGACCAUGGGACACAUGAAGUCAUAAUGCAGCCAUUAAAUCCAUAUCGCAUGAUUUAGUUUACUGUUAUGCAUUAACCAGGGAAUCACCGGAUUGAUUGAUUUAGUUAUUACUAUUUGGUAAGAACUUUUCACUUUAUUCUUGUGGUUUAUGAUGCAUGUCCUCUGAGAUGGAUUAUAGUACAUUUGGUGAAAGACGCUGCCAAAGACAAAAAAAUCUUACUUUGGGAUUUUUCGAACAUGUAUAGUAUGAACAUCUGGUUUACUCCAUGUUUGGCACUUUGUAUGCACCCAAAUGUGAUAAAUUUUCCCUUUUUUCAUGAUAAUAAGCUGAAUGUAAUUUAUGUCAUAUAUGGGGCAAAACAAAGAAAGUCCAAAUAAGGGCUUGUUUAGCUUCACUUGGUGACUAAGCUCAGUUCCAUCAACCUU